UUAUGAAAUUUUGAUGUUUCAGAUUUUUCUUUUGUGUUUUUGAAUGUUGCAUUGUUACAUAGACUAAAGCUUCAUAAUUCAGAAAAAGCAUUUCUUUUUCACAAUUGAGCUCAUCUUAAUUACUGUUAAUGACUGAUUAUUUACUUCCUGGAUUGUAAUGUUUCAUUAUUCGUCUUUUUGUUUGAGUUUUACUCCAUUAUUACAUAAAGUAGAGUUUGAUUAUCAAGAAAAAACAGUUUUUUCUCACUUGUUGUGUGUGUAUUUUGGGGCUGUUUGUUCGCAUGAUAUGGUUAACUGGUGUUGUUUAUCUUCUAGUUCUGGUAGUUUAAAUUUCUUUUUCUGUUCUUGCAGGUGAAAUCCAAAUUUUGAUCUUAUUUGUCUGACAAAUAACUGGGGCAUUAGGGGGUUUUGUUUGUUGUGGAGAGAGGUUGCUGGUUCGAGGAGUUAGUUAAGCUUCUGCGAGCUUGGGAUCCUCUCUCAUUAGGAUUUUGAUAUGAGGUCUUGAUGAUUCUGUGACCGCAUCUGGUUUUGAAAAGGAAGGUUUGUAACAUUGUGAUCAUGGGUGCUGCUUGUUGCUGCUUAAGGGAUGACUGGGAUGAUUUCUCUAACCUAAACAACUCGAUAUAUAGGAACUGUAUAUGCCUCCAAUGCUUUGUUCAGAAUUUCUUGUAUCUGUAUGCAUCUUUGUUUCAUAGAGGAGAAGAACGUGCCUUACCAUCCUCUCAUGGGACAGCUUCUUUAAGUUCUCCAUCAUCGAUUGAUAACACUUUACCUGAUAUGUUUCGCCCUCCUCCAAGACCUCUGCCUUAUGAUGCGGAUCCAAGAUAUUUUCGCUUGCAGCGUGAUGGUCUGGUCUCUCGAAGGGAGAAAGGGUCAAGCCAUGCACAUGAGGAAACUGAGCCGCUAAGAUCAAGCGAAGUUGAUGAGGAAUCCGAAUCUUUGAGUACCAAAAGCAAAUGGAACAAUUUUACAUGUGAAGAAGCAUCCAAAGAGUAUAGUUCAAAAUCAUCACUAAAGCUCUCAACUGCCAAACCGGUGACAGGAUUUGCUCAUAUUUAUGCUUCAUCAGAAGAUGAAGAUGUGUGCCCUACAUGCCUUGAAGAAUAUACCAAAGAAAAUCCAAAGAUACUUACACAAUGUUCUCACCAUUUCCACCUUGGUUGUAUAUAUGAAUGGAUGGAAAGAAGUGAUAACUGCCCAGUCUGUGGAAAGGUGAUGGCAUUCGAUGAGACGAGCUGAAGUCUUUCGUGGUCGUGGAUGAAAGCUAGCAUCUACAAGACAGAAGAAUGCAUAAAGUGUAAAGUGGUUGUAUAUAUGAAUCAUAUGAUGGAUGUUGUCAAGCAAAAUGUGUGAUGGGUCUGUCUCUAUAUGCAAUGUUAGAGAAGUAAAUCCAUCAAUUUGCUUACAGAUACUUGCCUGUAUUUGUCACAACUGCCAUUUUCCAUUUGAUGGGGAAAUCCCUGUUCAAUUCGAGUACAUAUUCAUUUGUCUUUGACCAA